CGAAAACCAGGUUCAUCCCCUUUCCGCGUACACCGGGCCGACCACGCCCUGAUUGUCGGUGGAAUAUCGGGGGAUGAGCCACAGACUGUCCCAGAAUGCGCGGCACACGAAGGAGCUUUUGCAAGAACUUGAGCGCGACAAAGAGCUCGACGUGCUGCGAGUGUACUUAACCAAAUACAACUUAUUUCCUCGAAAACGGGACCCCAAAACGGCGCCAAUCCGGGCCGAAGAACUUCGUGACCUGGUCAAGCACUGGAAACUCCACCGCCAGCGAAACUUUUGGAAAACUCACGCGACCAAAGAAGAACUCGUCCGGACGCUGUACAAGUACAUCAAUACCAAAGUUCUCCCGUCCGAACGAAUCGGCGACAAAAGCGUCGGCGUAGCGGCGACCUUGUCCAGCCCCACGUCGACAUCCAGUCCCGCGACACCCAUCGUGCCCGAGAGACCAAAGACACCCGUACCUGAAAGCCCAGCAAAGAAACCACUCGUCGACAGGAGGCUAUCGAACCGCAAGCUACACCUGGCAAUAUCAUCGUCCAAAUCGCCUAGUCGCCGGGGGGCGUUCCUCUUGGAGUCGUACUUGGGCGACUUGUUUGGCCAGCGUGGAGACUACGAAGAUGGCAUGAUUUACCUCUCGCGGCUUGGCAACGUCGACGUCACGUCUAGGGCCGACAAUGGAGAUAGAGACACUGGGGACGAAAAAAGCACACCCAAGUCGAGGCAAACCGUGUUCUCGACGCCAGCGUCCCCAACAGCAUCCGCCGCGGCUGCAAACAACAUGUCGGAGCCGUCGACUGUGGUCGAGCGCAUGGACGAAGACUCAUCGACGCGGGAAGUUCGCAUGAAACAAGAAUGCGCGUCCAGCUUGUACCAACUGUCGCUGCAUGUCGGCCAUGAAGCUGGAAUCGUCCAGGAAGGGUGCGUCCCGGCCCUCGUGCGACUCAGUAUGUUCGACGACUAUGACGUCAAGAAGUACGCCGCUGCCGCGACCGUCAACUUGACGUGCAAUGCCGCUCUGUGUCCGCGCAUGCUGGACGAUGGCCUCUUGGUGGGCCUCAUGGAGUUCUCCAAAGUGCAGCAAGAGGACAUUCGCCGCAACGCUGCGAUCGGGAUGUGCCGGAUAUCGUACGACCGACCGGGGCAGCAGCGGCUGCUCCAUGAAGGCAGUGUGCCUGCGAUGAUUUCGAUGCUCAACAGCUCCGACAACGAGACGAAAGAAGCUUGCAUCAAAGCGAUCGUGAAUAUCGCGGGAUUCUCUGGCUCGGUCAUCUCUGAGUCUGUCGUGUACACAAUGGUGAAGAUGGCCGGCCCUCGGCGACAAGACGGAUCGUGUCUGCGAUUCAUGGGGGAGACGAUUUGCAACCUGUCCCUGUUGUCAGGUCCCCGCGUGAAGGCGGUCGAAGACGGUGUGCUUGAGCCGCUGUCACUCAUCGGCCACCACGCAACGGACGUCGAGAUUCUUCAGCUGGCAGGGACAGCGCUGUGCAACUUUUCGACUGUCGAAGCAAACCACCCACACAUGAGCCAGCCCCGCGUGCUCAAAUGCCUCGAGGUUCUCUUGGACGUUCCCGAUGUGUCCAUUCGAGAGCUCGGUGCGGUCACGGUCGCGAAUCUGACGUGCAGCCCCGAAUCGCUCAAGGCAAUGAUUCAAAGCAACAUAGCUCUCAAGCUGAUUCAAAUUGGGUACACGACCAACGAAGUCAUCCAAGAAAACGUGUCGCUAGCGCUGUCGAACCUGGCCAUGAGCGAGGAAGACAAGGAACUAUUCUUGACCCGCAGCGGCGUAGUCAUGAUGCUCCUGCAAUUCCUCAAGUCUGGCAGUGCUGGCACACAGGAAAAUGCCGUGUGCACACUGUGCAGCCUCAUGACCCACGAAAGCUCUCGCAGCGAACUCAUGCAAUGCGAUAUGAUCGGUGUGCUUCUCAAACUCGCGUCGUCACCGCUCCCCAAAACGCGGGAGCUAGCCGCCAUGUCCAUGCUCAACUUCUCCGCCCACACGGACUUGAGCCCGUACCUCCUCGCCCCCGAUACGCUCAAGUCGCUGAUUGCGCUCCUCGUGGGCGACACCGACGCCAACGACACGAACCACAUGAAAGACACUACGGUGACCCUCACCCGCAUCCAAGACUACUGCCUCAGCUGCAUCUACAACCUGUCGUUCUAUUCCGCGAGCCGCGCCGCCCUCGUUGCCGAAGGCUGCGUCAGCGUCCUCAGUCACGUCUUUCGCAAACCUUCCCGCGUGAUCGACCAAAACAAACGCGUGGUCGCGACCGUGUGCAACUUAACGUUUUGCGUGGAUGCGCAGGCCCGCAUCGUCGCCGACGACGGUCUCCGCCUCGUGAAGCGACUCACGGCGCACUGCGCGAUCAAAGAAGUGCUCAUGUGUGCGUCAACUAUUCUAUGCAACGUUGCGACCGUCGCGAUCGAGUUGCCGAAUUCGCCCGUCCUGUCGAUGCUGAUCGACCUGUCCCACACCGCCCACAACGACAUCUCGCUCAACUGUGCGAUUGCGUUCAACAAGCUCGCCGACAACCCAGGGUAUGCGGACGCGCUGUCGAGAUGCCCGGAGCUGGCGCCGUCGCUGACCAUGAUGAUGCGGUCGGGAGUGGAAGAGGUCCAGAUUCAUUGCGCCGCCGCCCUGUGUGGCCUCGCCAGCGACCGAACGUCGAAGCUGCACCGAACCAUGUGGAAGGACAGCGCGAUCAGUGACUUCAUCGUGAACUCGCUGCUGCGUAUCAACAGCGACUCGACCAAAGAAAUCUGCGCCCGAGUCCUCUUCAACGUCCUCACGCACAACGAUGGCCGCGCCGGGUUUAUCAAAGAUGGCGUGCUGUACGCCCUCGUCAAACUUGCCCGCCUCGACAGCGUUGAAAUCCGCACGCUGUGUGUUACAGCUCUGUACAACUUGAGCUGCGACGAAUCGAUGGUGCCGGUGCUCAUGGACAUCAACGUGGCGCAAGUGAUUUCCAAGAUGUGCGAGAGCGACACCAACACGGAAGCCAACCGCCAGCGCCUCGCGUCGUGCCUCACAAACAUUGCGCUUUGCCCAGGAAACGAGACAAAGCUCAUCGAGGGUGGCGUGCUAGGCGCGAUUGUGCUCCUAUGCGACCACGGCGACCUGCACUGCCUGCGGUAUUCAGCGUCCGUGUUAUGCUCGAUUUCGAAUGUGGCCGACUGCUGCGGUGCCAUGGCGUCGCUCGCAAUCGUCGAGCUACUGCUGAAAAUGAUCAACUCGAAGGACGGCACACAGUGCAUCUUUGCCCUCAACGCACUCUGCAACAUGUCGUGCAUCCCCACGAAUCACGACAAGAUCGAAGAGGCCGACGCGAUAUGCUCGGUUCUGCGCGUUCUGGACGAGGCCGAAGAGGAAUCGAUCUUGCUCACGUGCACCAAAAUCAUUUGCAACCUCUCGUUCGACCCCAAGCGCCAUGCGCACAUUCUCAAGUACCGGUUUGUCCGCACCAUGGUCAAGGUGUUCAGCCAAGAGAUUGUGUAUCCGUCGGUGGCGGACGUCGCGGCCCGCAUCUUGGCCACACUUAGCGACAACUCCAACGACAUAACUGCCCUCGUCAACGACGGCGCAGUCCAAGUCCUUCGCGUUGCAUCGCAGCACGGAUCGUCUUCUGCAAUAUCGAACUGCAUCGUGUCACUGUGUCGACUGUCGCGUGGUGGCCAUAGCGGCAUGCGCAUUUUGGAGGACGGACUGUUUGACAUCGUCGCGACGGCCGUCCCGCUCGACUACCCCCCGCAAGUUGGUCCUCGCCUGACUGCCACCACGUCCGAGCGAUGUUCCAUGAUCCUGCGCACACUAUCGACCUACUUGAUGUGCAUUUCGUCCAUGGUCGCCGACCGCCGAAUUGUCCCGAUUGUGUCUGCUCUUGCGUUUCACGGAGACAAGGACACAUGCACGAACUGCGUCAUGCUUCUCCAUAACAUCACGGCAGCGCGCAACCGAUCGUUUCAUAAAGAAGCACGGCUUUCUGGCGUCAUCCCGCUCCUCAUCAAGCUGUCCAAAAUCGGCCCCCCGGACGUGCGCCUUGUUUGUUCGGUUUCCCUCGCCCACCUGAAUUCCGACCUCACCGACGCAGAGCGCGAUGCCCAAGACGAGUUUGAAAAAGGGUUAGUUGCGACGCUCAUCUCCAUGCUCGACAUGGAUGCAUCCAUGAUGCACACGGUGGAAAAAGCCGCGUCGGCGCUGCCGCCCCCGCUCGUCCUGCCGCCAAAGACUGCGCACGAAUGGGAGUUUCUCCAUGGAAUUCAAAGCUCUCGAGUCCUCCAGCAGAUCCCCAUCGUAUGGGCGACACAGUGCGCCACGAUCGACGAAAGUCGAUUUUGCCCCGCCGACCCGAGCGAGUACUUGACGAUGCUUCCUGCAUGCAAUGCAAACCGAACCCCAACCAUCAAGGACACAUUGUUUGGCAAGUUUUGCGUUCUAAAAGUGUCUCCGGACAAGUGCUACAUAAAGCCCGCCCCGCGCAACUCGCCCAUGUCCCCCACGACGGUGCUGCGGCAUCUCAGCUCGUCGUCAAUCAACUUCCCCAUGGUGGCCACGGUAGCGUCCCCGCCCACCUCGACCAAAACACCACUACAGCCAGGCAUGUCGUCCGCUUCAUCUAUUUCCACUUCGAAAAAUGAAGAAGCGGUGCGCCAAGGAUCGGGGGCAUCCGUCCGUGCUGCAAAGCCAGCGACCCCGAAGAAGUCCAAGCCAUCCAUUCACCGCUUGGGCUCCCAAUCGAGCUCAGGAAAAGUCAUGACGACACCAGCGCUGCCCGAGUCCUCGCAGAAUGUCCACGUGUUGCCGCAAAUACUCUAAGUUAUUUGUAAGAGUUCAUACAGCUCCUUUGGCCUAGGUGAUGGACUCGUGGAGAAUUGUGACGUGGGGCGGAAGGGUUGGAAGGGAACGUAUGUCAAGGUGUAGAUUGCCGCGAAGGUCAACGUGUUCAAGAUGUGGUAGCUGCGCCAGCACGGGCGGCACACUUGACAGGUUAUUGUGGGAGAGGUCGAGGAGACGAAUCAACAGCAGCUUUUCAAGGCCAUCGAGAGCCGAGUCGACAAGGUGAUUGUGCGACAGGUCCAGCUCUUCCAGUUGCGGAAGUUCCGAGAACAGAGAUGGUGGCAGCGCAUGCAACCGGUUGUUGCUCACGUUGAGGGUUUGCAACUGCGGCAGCUUCUCCAGAACGAUGCUGAAGCGACAGAUGCAUGCCUCGCCGACACGUUCGCACAUGAGGUUUCGACACAAGAGGUCUUCGGACUUUUGAAGGACUAGGCUACGCACAGCUCCCAUGUGCGUAGCGGCUUCUCGGACGCUGCGGGCGAUCAUGCUGAAGGCGACGACAAGGAGGCAGCGGCGUUCUUCCGCUUUUGGUACAACUGCCUCAGCUUCUCUGUGAUUGGUGGAGCAAUGGGUUUGGAAUGGAGGCUUGGGAUU